UUAUAUGACCUCGCUCAGGCGUAUAUCUACAACUGACGGCAAAUUCCACUUCCAACCGAAACGUUACAACUUCCGUCUUUCUUAAUCUUCUGUAUCUGUAGUGAUGUUGCGUAAGAUUGUAUUUUAAAGAUUGCUUUCAUUAUGUUUAAAAUUAAAUAACAAACUCGGUUACAACUUAUUUCUUACUUAUUGGAUAGAAGACGACAAUUGAAGGAAAAUGACAACUUCGAGUUUUCCAGAGUGGCUAACUGACGAUUUCUUCAAAACCUGUCUCGAGACCGACAAAGAAAACUUUGAUGGAAUUACUGUGACAAGCCAUGAGCUUGAGUCUGCUGUCGCCCCUGGGAACAAUUACGGAAGUCAUAUAAUCAGGGCUAAUGUCCGGUACAAGAAACAAAACGACGAUUCUACUGAUCAUUCCACGUCACUAAUAUUAAAAGCGCCUCUGUCUGAAGAUUCUGCUGUAGCACAACAGCUGGGAGACAGCUUCAAACAACUGUACCUCAACGAGAUAAAGUACUAUUGUGAGUUUAUCUCUGAAACGUACACACUGAGCAAACAUGACGUAGUCCCUAAACAUUACAGAUCCCCAAUCCCACUUUGUCUGGUAAUGGAAGAUCUGAUUGUAUCAGGCUUUAAGAUGGUUGAUCGUCACAAGCUUCUUGAUUUUGACCACUGCAAACUGUACACAGAGGCUUCAGCCAAGCUUCACGCUUUUGCGAUGGCUGUUUACAAAAGUAAUCCUGAAUUGAUCGAAUAUUUUGAUAUGGAUAGACAAUCAAUAGAUGAGAGUUAUAAAGUGAUGAUUCCAAACAGUCUUCUUUGUAUGGCUACGUAUUUGGAAGACAAGCCUAACUAUAAAAAACAAUAUGAGGUUUUUAAAAUAGCAAGUGAGAAUGAUCUAUUUUGGAUUAUUUAUAAAGAAAUAAUGGACGCUUGUAAAACAAAAUCGUUCAAAGCAUUAAUCCAAGAUGAUCCUUGGUGCACAAACAUGAUGUUUAGAUACAACAAGGCAGAAAAACCUGUGUCGGUAAAAAUUAUUGAUUUCCAAAACAUUAAACUGAGUUCUCCAUUCGUUGAGUUUGUUACGUUCUUAUCAAUUUCAGCCAACCUGGAAGUGCGUCAGACCAAUUUGAACGAUCUGUACCAAAUCUACUGUGAUUCGCUAAAUACAAAUCUUACAAAACUUGGCUGCUCUGAAAGGUUGUCCAUAGAAGAGUUGAAAACAGAGAUAACUUACCUGCAUCCGAUUACAUUAUUUGUUAUUUGUAUGUUGCCUAUAGUGUUGAGCGAUUCCGUUCUCAACGUAGAAGAAUUUGCAGGUGUGAAAUAUACAUCUGAAUCUGUUAAAGAUAGUUCCUUCUACAAGACCUUUUAUACAGGCUCGUAUUUUGAAAUGUACUAUCCUCAAAUUUUUGAUGUAUAUGAAAAACAAGGAUUUUUUGAUUAUAUGUUGGGAAAAUUAGGGAAAUAAACAUGGAAAAUAAAGAAAA